GGUUCAAAAAGUUCGUGCUGUUGGUGUUAGCACGGUGUUAGUGUUGUUUCAGGUGUAUUUGUUGGCGCUGAUUGUUUUCAGAUCGUACCCAUUAAACAAACAAAAAACGUUGAAAAAUAAAAUAAUUAAAAUAAAAUAAGAAAUGUAUGUGGGUUUUUAUACGUUUUUCCAAGUACCCGCAUUUUCCUGAUUGAACACAGACAUUUCUGUGGAACUGCACGGGAAUGGUUGCAAGUACUACAUUGUGUAACGUUUGGAAUAUACUUACCGAGAAACAGUAAAACAAAGUUUAAUCAUUAGGUUUACUGCCCGAAAAGAUCUAGUUAUAAGUUAGAACAAGAUUCAGCAAAAUUGUUACUACACCACGACACACGUCAUAACACGUGACGAAGCUUUUUCACUGGAAAUCAUUCUGUGUAGUGCAAAGCAGUCACAGGAUUUGUUUCAAUUUUGAAGAGUUCUUCCUCCUCACAUAUGUCAGUUCUAGACAAGAACCCGGCACGGUACUCCGGUUGAAACAUUCCCAAAAACCUUGAAACCACGUCCUCAGUGACUGCAUUAAAGUUUAAUGUAAAAAAGGGCCUAUGAUGAGAUACUUGGCGGGAUAAACAUAUGCUACCCAUAUUUCGCAACUACGAACUACCCUAAAAAAUGUCAGGACGUGUCGAGCUAAGAAUCUCUAUCAAAUAAAAUUGCUGAUACGACUUUUUAUAGCCGAGUGAAGAACCAAAGCAUUUGAAACGCGGAUUAGACAACUGGAAACCAGCAUCAACAAUUAAAGCUUUAUUUUUGCUGCUUUCACAGAUAGACUCGUAACGUUUUCCACGACAAUGGAUUCCGUUAAUCUUUCAUCCUUUAACGACAGGCGUGCCAGCCAAGCUAGUAAUAACAUCAACCCAACCGAAACAAAUGUGCCAAAAUCUUUCGAAUCAUCUUCGAAUGACAGAGAAGGCCAACUUAAUCUAGCUUUCGUUAAUGAGGACGACAUCGCCCUGAGAAUGAGACGUAUGAAAAAUUAAUUGAUGUCCCAGAACUGGGAAAGGGAUCAUUCAGUUUCGUACAUUGUGGGCUUUCACUGGGCCAGGUUUCUUGAUGAGCAUCGCUUACUUAGACCCUGAUAACAUCGAGUCAGAUUUGCAGUCUGGAGUUGUGGCUGGCUACAAAUUACUAUGGGUGCUGAUGACUGCCACAAUUAUGGGACUGCUGGUGCAAAGGUUAGCUAUCCGAUUGGGCACGGUUACAGGCCUACAUCUAGCCGAGAUGUGCUACAAGCAAUACCCAAGAACACCACGCAUCAUAUUAUGGAUUAUGACGGAAAUUGCAAUUAUUGGGUCUGAUAUUCAAAAAGUAAUUGGAACUGCACUUGCGAUUUACAUUCUUUCUGACAAGGCAGUUCCCAUUUGGGGUGGUGUGCUUAUUACAGUUUUUGACACUUUCACUUUCUUACUCCUUGACAAAUAUGGGUUGCGCAAAUUGGAAUUUUUAUUUGGAUUUCUCAUUACCGUAAUGGCCGUUACAUUCGGAUACGAAUAUAUUCACGAUCCGCCACCACAAAUCGAAGUGAUCAAAGGCCUCUUCGUUCCAGGUUGUGCGGAAUGCGGACCUGAAGGUGAGCUUCGAGCUGUUGGGAUAGUUGGUGCUGUCAUUAUGCCUCAUAAUCUAUUUCUCCAUUCUGCUCUGGUCAAAUCUCGCAAAGUCAACCGAAGGGAUAAGCAUUCUGUCCAACAAGCCAACAUGUACUACUUUAUUGAGUCAUGUACAGUGCCGGUCCAGUUAUAGAACCGGCCUGUGCGCGGUUAACGGCUCGGGGGUUUUGUGUUUUUGCCUGACAGGGUUCAGGUCCCUGAACGAGAUGGAGUUGCAACUGAAUGCGA